AUGUCGUUCCAGCAAAAGGAAUUCUCCGACUUCCCUGCGCCGCCCCCGACCGGCACUCCGCCCGACUCGCCCAUCGCCCAGCCUUGGUAUUCGAUCGGACCGGGCAUCUGGGAACUGCUGCUCAACGGCGACAAAGACUCCCACCACAAGUCCCCCAUCACCCAUACGUAUGUGGAGGAGGUAUGCUUCCUGCAAGGCGGCUUGCGAGAUCUGACGCUGGGCCAAGAAUGGGGGGUGGGUGCCUACGCGUAUCGCAGGCCGGGCAUGAAGCAUGGGCCGUAUGAGGCAUCCGAUAAGGGAUGCUUGGAGUUUGUCAGGUUGAGUCCAGCCUGA